GUGGAAUUGCUGCGAGUUCAAAGCCAGCCUUGGCUACAGAAGGACAACAGCCCACAGACACACACACAAAAGCGCAAGACGAGCCAGUACUUCUCCAGCAAGUACAUCAGAGGAGCUCUUAGCCCUCCUCGACGCAAAGCCUUUAAGAAGUGGACCCCACCUCGGUCGCCUUUUAAUCUCGUCCAAGAGACACUGUUCCAUGACCCCUGGAAGCUCCUCAUUGCAACAAUAUUUCUCAAUCGGACCUCAGGUAAGAUGGCUAUCCCUGUGCUCUGGGAGUUCUUGGAGAAGUACCCCUCGGCCGAGGCGGCAAGAGCUGCCAACUGGAGAGAUGUGUCUGAACUGCUGAAACCACUUGGCCUCUAUGACCUCCGAGCCAAAACCAUUGUCAAGUUUUCAGAUGAGUACCUGACAAAGCAGUGGAAGUAUCCAAUUGAGCUUCAUGGAAUUGGCAAAUACGGCAACGACUCUUACCGCAUUUUUUGCGUCAAUGAGUGGAAGCAGGUGCACCCUGAAGAUCACAAGCUCAACAAGUACCAUGACUGGCUUUGGGAAAACCAUGAAAAGCUGAGUCUGUCCUGAAGGCUUUGCCGCUCCAGACUCUUGUUCUGUGCUUUGCCUUGUACCUUGGUCUCUGAGCUCCAUGGAGCAGACCGGCCACCUUCCCCCGAGUCAGGUGUGAGUCUAGUGGCUAGUGUGUGCUUCCUCAGCUCGCGUGCCCAUGGUGCUCUGCUACUAAAGUCAUUAGAAGAUUCUUUGAGGCUUAAAUAAUAGUUCUGAAAAUGUACGUGACUUUUCUGAUACUAAAAUUGACAUAAAGGUAAAAGACUUUUCUAAACUACCAGUAAUGUGAAACACAUUUCUAUCAGGCCUGCUAAAGAUUAGGCUUCCAGUUCUUCCUAUAAAAAUAGUAUUAUUGUAUACAAUUUUUACAUGAAAAAUCACAGAAUUUGCCAUUUUUACAGGUAUUACAAUAUUGUAAUUCAAAUAUUGAGAGACUUCCCUCAGAAUCACAAAAUCCUAAAUUACUCUUAAUUACUGAUCUCUAUUUUAAUGUAUAAUGUGAAAAUAAAAUUGCAUCUCCUUCUCCCUAACACAGACACUCCUGUCAUAAGGAUCCAACCCAUUUUUAAUUUAAAAAAUAUAUUCUUAAUCCAUACUGC